AUGCUGCCGGUCAGCCCGGCCGCCUGCCUUGGUGCUCACCGUGAGUCGUGUUGCUUCCACUUUCGCCACAGCCCGCCCGCUGUUUACAUCGGGGAGGGCCGAAUGGGCCGAGGCCGCCAUGCCCGUGCUGUCGUUGCGGUGAUCGAACUUGUUGCUCUCAAGAACUCGUCGGCACGUUGUGUCACCUGGCUUGUUUCCUUCGACGUUAGAGCGUUAUUGGAUUACAGGCAAGGCCGAAGAUUCUCCCCUGCUGCUACCCCUGACAGUGCCUUGUCCUUGUCACGGAUUGUGGGUGUUCCGUCCGGCGUCUCCGUCGCAAAUCAUCCUGCUAAACGUGGCCUACCAUUGAAGAAGGACCCCAGAUCGGCUGUGCUCUUCCACAUCGAGGUCGAAUCGGGCGACGCCGUCACCAAGCCGCGAUCCUACAGUGAACACGCUUCGCAGAUCUUCGCGGAUCUUCCUCGGCCAACUCCUCGGCUGCUUGGCGUGUACUGCCCACACCUCUGCCACUGGCAGCAGGAGGUGUUCAGGGCACUUAUGACAGCCGGUGCUCACGGAAGCCGUGGUUGCAGUCAAGCAGCUUCGGCGCAGUUUGUGUCAGCAGCGGUGCCGGGGCGUUCCGGUGGCUGA